UAUUUUAAUAACUCCCAGGAGAUUGAAAAGCUUCGAUUUUUCAGGUGGAAGCUGUAUUAGUCUCUGGUAGUACCAAAUCCUCGAUACGAUGAGGAAGCGUAAUCCAAAGGCGUCAGAUUUGUCAGAGCCAUCUUCUUCUCCUAGUCGACAAGAGCCCGAUGUUGUUUAUGAUAACGAUGCUCUCGAUAAGGAAGUGCAGGCUGAUGUUCAAAGAUCCGGGAAAGUUUGGUUUUCAGUGUUGAUUUUGGUCACAUACUUCUCUUGGGCUGUUUACAGUUAUCAGUAUGGGAAUCUACCUAAACCUUUAACAGCAAAACAAGCUGGUAAAAGGGGUUUCUCUGAAAUUGCGGCAAUGAAACAUGUUAAGGCUUUGACUCAGUUUGGUCCUCAUCCUGUUUCUUCUGAUGCUCUUGUCCAUGCCCUUGAGGGCAAGUCACUUGUGUAUUCAGAUAUAAGUCACAUUGUACUAAGAAUCUUGCCAAAAUAUGAAUCAGACGCAGGGGACAAUGCUAUUCUGGUCUCUUCUCACAUUGAUACUGUCUUUACAACGUAUGUUGCUUCAUCUCUCAUCCAUUGA